ACUCCAAGGGCCGGGCUGGGCGUUAGAGUGGACAGUUUUGGAGGAAAAAGAACAGGCUUUGGUUGACUACCGUCUGUUCCAUGGCUCUCUGUUUUCCGGGUGGUAACAUGGACCAGGCAGGUCUUUGGCUUCUCGUCUUCCUGGGCGUUUCGGGAGCGCUGGCACAGACAUGCUUGGAUGAGAAGGUAUUUGUGUUCCCAAAGCCUUCAGAAAACGCCUACGUCCUGUUGAAACCUCACCUGGUGCAGCCACUGCAACAAUUCACCGUGUGUCUUAAGUUCUACACUGAUUUGACCCGCUCCUUCUCCCUCUUCUCCUGUGCCUCGAAGAACCACUCCAACGAUAUCCUCCUCUUCAAGGACAGCCCCACAAAGUACCAUCUCUAUGUGGGUGGGCAAUAUCUCUCAUAUUAUGUGCCUGGAAACACAAAUCGAGGCAGCCACUGGGAGAAUAUUUGCAUGACGUGGAAUUCGACUACGGGGGUUAUUCAGUUGUGGGUAGACGGCCUGGCAUUGCCCAGGAAAGGGCUAGCUAAAGGCUAUACUAUCAGUACGCAUAUAGUGAUGAUACUAGGCCAGGGCCAAGAUUCUUACGGAGAUUCAUUUGAAGAACAGCAGUCCUUUGUUGGGGAAAUGGCAGAGGUGUAUAUGUGGGAUACUGUUUUGCCCCCGGAACAAUUGAGGAGGAUCCGGCGGGAGACGGUGCCUACCCCUUUGGUGGACUGGACAGCUCUGAACUUUGAGAUCAAAGGCUACAUACUCUUGGAGCCCACCUUAGACUGAGACCUAAAAGCUACAGCUCGAUGGAAUAUCCUCGAUGGGCUAAGACAGGCAUAUCUGACUUUUGACAUAUCACAAACUGAACACGGCCCAACAAACCAUGUGUAGCAACCUGGACUAGGAACUUUAUACCAACUACUUGGGUAUAUCUUUAGAAUCACUUUAUCUUGCACCUACUCCAACAGCAUUUCAGACAAUUAAAUGGAGGCUCUUAUAGACAUUCAGUUCCAGCGCCUGACCGAGGCAGCUAGGACAACCUGUUCUUCAGGUAACUUGUGACUGCCUCUGUCAUCUGGCCAGUUAGCCGCCUAUUUCCUCUUCCUAACUGAUCCCCAUCAAAGAAGGGCACUAAUGCUGGCCAGAUUCAACAUACUGCCUUCAGCCAUUUUCGUUGGCAGAUGCCAAGGGACCCCUUACGAACCCAGAAAAUGCCCUUGUGGCCUGGGUGUCAAUGAAUCUGUUCCCCACGUUCUAUUAUACUGUUUAUUUUAUUCUAAGAUCCGAGACAAACUUUUGAACUCCCUUCUUUAUUCAUGGUGCGGCCUUUCUGAUAAUGUCAAGGUCCAGCGAUUACUGUCUGGUCACAACUUUCCCAUAACCUCUAACGUGGCUAGUUUUCUUCAAUCUGCAAUCUGUAUCAACUAAUUUUAAUGUACCUUUUUUCGCUCUGACAUGCCAAUAAAGGUUUUGUGAGCGUG